AUGCCUCCAAUCCUCCAUAUCAUGCGCCAUGGUCAAGGGUACCAUUCUCACGACGUGACGAAGGACGGCCAUCUUCUUCACGAUCCUUCCCUGACUGAGAAGGGUAAACAGCAAUGUAUCGAUCGAUGCAAGGACUUUGAUAGACAUGAUAAGAUCGAACUCCUCCUAGCAUCACCCCUCCGCCGCGCGAUCCAGACCUGCCAACUCGCCUUCGCACCCUGCGUAGAACGAGGCCUGGUCAUCAUCGCUCUACCCACCGCCGAGGAAGUCUCCGAUGCUCCCUCCGAUACUGGAUCGCCGGUUGAGGAUCUCAUCAAGGAGUUUGGGGACGAGAAGGUAGAUUUUGAUCAUCUGAAGCACGGCUGGUACAAACACGAGGGAGAGUUCGCGACCGAUGCUAAAGCGUGCAAUGCUCGCGCGCUGAAGCUGAGGAAAUGGAUCCAGGCGCGACCGGAGAAGGAGGUGGCGUUGGUUAGUCAUGGGUUCUUUAAUCAUUUCACGACUGGCGAGGUUGAUGAUGAGGGAGAGCAGACGACGCCUUGGUGGAACGAAGCGGAACUUCGAACGUACCAGUUUCGAGAUGGAGAUGAUGAGGCGGCUAUGAUCUAUGAGACGGAUGAGUCUUUGGCGAAGAGGGGUAUGCACCUUCAGGGUGGGGCGGAUCGGGGCGAGGUUAAGGUAAAUCAACCUUCGAGGAGAGGGACGUUGCCGAAUCUGUCGUUUCAGAAUCAGGAGGAGGGGAGUUCUUGA